UGUAUUUACCUAGUUGUGACAUACGGGAGAGGAGCUAAGCUCAUACUCUCCCAUCUCCAUAACUCUUUUUAUCCAACUUUUCCUUAAAGUCAUGAAUAUCUGUAGCACACACCACUUCCCCUUCCGGUCCAUUCCAUGCCUCUAUGCUUCUAUGAGGGAAACUAAACUUCUUUAUAUCCCUUUUGCAGGUGGUCACUUUUUAGUUUUCUUCCAUGUCCCCUUGUUUCUGUUUUGUUCAAUAUAAAGAGAUAUUCCCUAUUUACUUUUUCCAUCCCGCUCAGCAAUCUGUACAAUGCAAUCAAGUCACCUCUCUCUCGUCUCUUCCAAGGUAGGGAGUUGCAUUCUAGCUAAUCGCUCCUCAUAUGACAAAUCUUGCAAUUCUGCUAUCAUCUUUGUUGGUGCUCUCUGUAUUCCUUCCAACUUUCUUAUGUGCUUUUUUUUCAUGUGGUGACUAAAUUACCGCUGUGUAUUCUAAUCUUGGAUGUAUCAUUGUGGUGAUUAUUUUCCUCAUCAUUUCUAUAUCCAGAUAAGCAAAGGCAACUCUUAUAUUUCUUAGUGGGCUGAGAGUUUCACCUGUUACCAUGUUGAUAUGUUAUUCUGGUGAUAAAUUCUCUGAGAAAAUCACUCCCAGAUCUUUUCUCUUGUUGUCUUAUUUAUUGUUUCAUUCCCCAUCUUAUUGUUAUAGCUACACCUUCUGUUACUUUUUCCAAAUUCCAUCUUUUUACACUUACCAGAGUUAAAUUCCAUUUGCCAUCUGUUGCUCCACUUCCACGCCUUGUCUAUAUCUCUUUGUAAUUCUUCACAAUCUUCCAUUCCCUUCACUCUUCUCAUAAGUUUUGCAUCAUCAGCAAAAAGACUCACAUAGCUGGAUACAUUCUCAACCAUAUCAUUUAUAUACACCGCAAACAUUAUUGGUGCCAACACUGACCCUUGGGGGAUCCCACUUAAUACUGGGCUCCACACUGAUGUCUGGUCCCUAAUUACUGUUUGCAUCUCUCUGUUUUUAAGGAAACCGUCCAUCCAUUUCAGCAUUUUUCCAUUUACAACACCUAUCUUCUCCAGUUUCCACAGCAGUCUAUUAUUCAGUACUUUAUUAAAAGCUUUUCUUAAAUCUAAAUAAAUACAGUCUGCCCAACCAUCUUUCUCCUGUAUGAUAUCAAUUACUCUUGAAUAAUAGCAUAAUAAAUUAGUGACACAAGAUCUCCCUUUUCUAAAGCCAAAUUGACAAGUUGUGAGAAUGUCCUUAUCUUCCAAAAACUUGGUCCAUUUGUUCUUUAUUAUCCUUUCACAUAUUUUUGCAACCACACUUGUCAACAAAACCGGUCUAUAAUUUAGUGGGUCUUUUGUGUCUCCUCCUUUAAAUAUGGGUACGAUGUUUGCCCUUUUCCAAUCCUGUGGAACUAUUCCUUCAUUAAUAGAGGUACAUAUGAUGGUAUGUAAUUUAUCACUAAGCUGGUUACUGCAAUCUUUUAUUACCCAUCCUGAUACUCCAUCCGGUCCUGUGGCCUUUCUUACUUCUAAUGUUUUGAUGAUUUUAUCAACUUCCUCUUUUGUUACUUGAAAUUCCUCUAUUUCUUCCAUUUUCAGAUGUGCACAAUGGCCUUAUAAAUUCCUUUUACUUUGUAAAAACUUCCUUAAAGCUCUUAUUCAUCACUUCUGCCAUCUCUUUCGGGUCUUCAUAAACCAGUCCAUUUACCAUUAGCUUUCCUAUACUCACUUUGCUUUUCAGUUUACCAUUCACAUAUUUAUAGAAGAGUUUUGGCUCAUGUUUAUACCUGUCUAUUAUAUCUUUUCAAACUGUCUUUGUUCAUGUGUGUGUGUGUGUGUGUGUGUGUGUGUGUGUGUGUGUGUGUGUGUGUGUGAAAAAAAAUAUCAGACUACCAUUCUAACAUAAACACUUAUGAUUUUAUCAAUUUAUCAGUAACUGUGCAGUAACAUGACAAAAAAUAUCAUUAUAAGACACAUGCCUCUUAAGUCUGCAAACUUUGAUAUUUAGGUGAUUUUGCAUGAAUCCUUUUUUUUUCUUAAAGUUCCAGAUAUUUUAUUUGGGGGGAUUUAAUUAAUUAUAAUUUUUUUAAGCAACAAUGUAACAGGAGUGCAUGUGUUGUCUUACCUAAUCAUAUUUCUACAUGAUCAAGUCAAGCCUGUAAUGUUACUUCUUUUAAAAUUAGUUCCCCCAACAGGAGCGAGGUCUUUGCUCCCGCUUGGGGGGAGAGGUUCUAAUUUUGUUACUGCACAUCUCUACAGUCCACCACUCCACCUGGAACCCGGAGAAUAUAAAGAUGAUUUGGCCAGGAGCACCUUUUGGAGUACAUCACACACAAAAAUUGCAAAUUCAGUUUUGAAGACAUCUCUUAGAAGAAAACGGCAACCCGACGUUCGUGCGAGGUCAUCGGAAGAGUUGGCAGCCUUUGCUCCCGAUAUUGGUAGACCUGAGCACAUAUAAACAAAUCCACGUGCUACCUUUAGUUCGCCCACAGCUUCGCCGCUAUCAUGAGUGUGCCUGCCUCUUCUGUUCUCCUCCUUUCUCCACGAGAAAAAACUGUCGCACUCACGAAUGCUCAACGCCAGAGACUGUCUGAGGUGAUAACUUCAAAGAAAAUCCUGUUGGAUCAUUCUACAGACUUCAACGGGAUAAGAAAAAAAACAGAAAGCUUGGGAGGAAGUAGCUGCUGAAUUCAACCUCAGCUACCCUGCUGAACGUCCCAGGACAGUAACCCAGCUCAAACGGGCUUGGGAGUACAUAAGGAGACGAGUGAAGAUGAAUCACAAGAAAUUUCUUCAUGAGUCCUUCAAGACUGGUGGAGGGCCACCACCAAAACCAGUCACAGAUGACUUCUUGGCUGUUGCAACAGAUGCACUGUCUGAGGAGCUACAAUUUGCAGACAACCAGCUAGAUAGCUUAGUACCCAUAGUCAUAAGAGAAGAGGAAGUGGAAAUAAUUGACGACGACAUGCUUUUUGCAUGUACAAUAGCAGCAGGACCAUCGACAACACCAGCAGCAGGACCAGCAACAGCACCAGCAGCAGGACCAGCAACAGCACCAGCAGCAAGACCAGUGACAGCACCACCACCAGGACCAGCAACAGCACCAGCAGCAGGACCAGCAACAGCACCACCACCAGGACCAGCGACAGCACCAGCAGCAAGACCAGCAACAGCACCACCACCAGGACCAGCGACAGCACCACCACCAGGACCAGCUUCAGCACCACCAACAGUUACAGCAACAGCACCAGCAAUGGCACCAGCAACACCACCAGCAGGGCCAGCAACAGCACCAGGAGGAACAUCACAAACUGAACCCUCCACCCGUAGAGGCCGAAAGAGACCCCUACACAGUGAGAGGGAGGAAUGUUUCUGCUCUAUUCGAGAAGGUGCAGAGACCUUGAAUGACGACUUGAAAGUGUCAUUGCAAAACUUCUCUGCUCUAUGUGAGAAGCUUGGCAAUCAAGCUGAGCUGGCAGCAAAUGCAUUUGCUCAGGCAUUGCAAACAUCAACAAAUGCAUUUGUUCAGACUAUGCAUAAUGUUGAUAGCACUAUGGAACAAGUAAUGACAGCACCAGGAGGAACAUCACAAACUGGACCCUCCACCCGUAGAGGCCGAAAGAGACCCCUAGGCAGUGAGAGGGAGGAAUGUUUCCGCUCUAUUCGAGAAGGUGCAGAGACCUUGAAUGACGACUUGAAAGUGUCAUUGCAAAACUUCUCUGCUCUAUGUGAGAAGCUUGGCAAUCAAGCUGAGCUGGCAGCAAAUGCAUUUGCUCAGGCAUUGCAAACAUCAAUAAAUGCAUUUGUUCAGACUAUGCAUAAUGUUGAUAGCAGUAUGGAACAAAUACGCAAGUACUACAGCCCAGCUUCUGGGAGACCCAGCAGUCUGUAAGUAUCCUGUGUGUGUGUGUGUGUGUGUGUGUGUGUGUGUGUGUGUUGUAUAUUUGA